AUGGAAAUGGUUAUUGAGCUUCCCUUUAGUUUAAUCGCAAUUAUCCCUCAACCCCACAUAUGUGAAUUUCUCAGAAGUAUUGAAUUUGCUUCUAAAUUUCCUGAUAUUAUUACUGAUAAAACUCAACUCCAAAGAUUUCUUGAAAGUUUAAAUUAUAUCUCACCAUUUUAUAAAGAUUUAGCAAAAGAUACAUCUAUUUUAUGUGAUAGAUUAAAGAAAAUUCCCAAACCAUGGACUGAUGCUCAUACGCAAGCAGUUCAAAAAAUCAAGGGGAGAGUUAAUAAUCUUCCUUGUCUUACUUUAGCCAAUCCUAACUGGCAAAAAACUAUAGAAACUGAUGCCUCUGAUAUAGGCUAUGGAGGAAUUCUUAAACAACUUUCUCCAAAUGAUAAACAAGAAUAUUUAGUCCAGUUCUAUUCUGGCAAAUGGAAUAAUAGUCAAAAGGAUUAUGCUACUGUAGCAAAGGAAAUUCUUGCUAUAGUUAAGUGUGUUCUAAAAUUCCAAGGAUGA